AGUGUACAGUAAGAGGGUGUGUGUGGAGCUUGUCAUUUGCGGGGUCCGCAUUUUCCUGGCAAAAUACGUGGAAAUUUCAUAGUUUCACCCAUAAUAUGAAGUCUCCUCACGAUUAUGAGGAGUACAAUAGUUCGGACUGGGUGCCAAUCACACUGACCCUCGUGGAGUACCCGCGAGGGGACUUGAUCGGUGAGCUUCUGGCGUGGUUGAGCCUGAUGCCAAUGGUUCUUCUGGCUGGAUUCAUCACGCUCAUCCUUUUUCGCAGGGAUUUGCACACAAUUUCGUUCUUCCUGGGAAUGCUGCUGAAUGAGUUCUUCAACAAGAUCCUGAAGCACACCAUUCAAGAGCCUCGUCCUGUUCUCAGGGAGCAUCCGUACACAGAGUACGGAAUGCCCUCCAGUCAUUCCCAGUUCAUGUGUUUCUUCUCCACUUAUGUUCUUCUCUUCGUGCUGAUAAGACUGCAUCACAUGAACAAUAAUGCGCCGCUGGAGAGAGCCAUGCGGAUACUCGUCCUGGCCGCUUGCUGGAUCACGACGGCGCUCGUCUGCUACGGCCGCAUCUACUUGCAAUACCACACAGCGGCGCAGGUGUACGUGGGCGCCGCGGUGGGUAUCUGCACGGGCGCUCUCUGGUUCACCGUGAUUCACUUCUUCCUUACACCCUACUUCCCGCGCAUCGUCACAUGGAAAGUGUCCGAGUUCCUGCUGCUGCGUGACACGACGCUGAUCCCGAAUGUGCUGUGGUUCGAGUACACGGUGACGCGACAGGAGGCGCGUGCGAGAUCCCGAAAGCUUAUCAGCAUGAAAUCCCAGUGACAUCGUUG